CGCCACGGCCUUCUACCCCCUUUCCUCUCCUCUGCUUCUUUGCGUCCUUAUAAUCACCUCCUGCUUCACUGACGACAUCGUUGUCUCACACGUCGUGCUGCGUCCUCGAUGGCCAUGAAGUUCCACCGCCGUCCGAUAGUCGGGCCGCUAAUGGCGGCCCUCGUUUCCCUGCUCGCGCUGCUUCUCCUCCCUCCCCGGUGCGCCCUCGCUCAGCCCUCACCGCCCUCCGACGGCAUCAGCGACAGCGCCAACAACUACAACUAUUACGGCAAGUUUAACCCCACGAUGGCCAUCGUCAUCGUCGUGAUGAUAAGUCUUUUCUUCCUCCUGGGGUUCUUUUCCCUUUACGUCCGCAACUGUAGCGGCAGCAACGAGGACUUAAGCGGUUCCUUCCGCCGCCGCGCCGCGGGCGGCGCAGCCCGCUCUCGGCGGCAGCAGGGGCUGAGCCCCGAGGUCCUCGAGACGUUCCCCACGCUGGUGUACGCUGAGGUUAAGGGGCUGAAGGCGGGGAAGGGGGCGCUUGAGUGUGCGGUGUGCCUCAGCGAGUUCGAGGACGACGAGGAGCUCCGCCUCCUCCCUCGCUGCAGCCACGUCUUCCACUCGGAUUGCAUUGACGCCUGGCUCGCCUCCCACGUCACUUGCCCCGUCUGCCGCGCCAACCUCGCCGAGCAAGCCGCCGACGACAACCCCGACCUGCUACCUGUAGCCACCCCUUCUACAGACGCGGCGGGUCUACAACCCGAAACCGCUGCCCCGCCACAGGAUCAUGUCGCCAUCGUCGUGGACCCCACAGCGGCGGCGGCGGCGGAAGAGGAGGAGCGGAAGGAGGCAGCCGCGGAAUUGUUGCGGAUUGGAAGCCAGAGGCGGGCGGCCCGGCCGCGAUCCGGGCGGCGGCCGGCGAAGCUCCCGCGGUCUCAUUCAACCGGACAUUCCGAGGUCCGGCCUGUGGAGGACGUCGACCGGUACAGCCUCCGCUUGCCGGAGCACAUACGGAAGGAGAUCUUCGCCGCUCGGAAGUUCCACCGUUCCGCAAGCUGCGUCGCGUUCCCGACCGCCGGGGAGGGGAGCUCCAGGCGGGGGCCACGCGGCGGUGGCUGGGAGGGAAGCAGCCGCGGGUGGCGGAGCUUUCGUCUUCGGAAGUCGGACCGGUGGCCCUCGUUCUUCCUCCGGACGCUCUCGCUGAAGGUCCCGGCGUGGGCCGCAGGAAGGAGAGGGGAUGGCGAGGGCUCGAUAAAGAAAGGGGAAGGGGAGGCCUCGGCGAGGGGGAGAAUCGCGCCCGUGAUAGCGCCUCUGGAGUGCCUCGAAGGGGGCGGCGAGCAGUCGUCCUCCACCCGAUCCCUCGCACGGCAAGUUUGACCGAGUCGAGCUGUUCGGAUCCGUUCUCGUCGACUUCGAUUCGUUCCAAUUCUUUAUUUUAUAUAAACAUAUAAAAAAUGAUGGUGGGGGAUUAAACGUGUGUUAAACGGCGUGUGGGGGUCCGUAAGACUCAAAAAGAAAUGUACAUAUCCUCGGGUAGUGUGUGGAGCAUUGAAAUGGUGGUUUGCGGGGUUGGACCCAUUCAUUUGUAGGUUAAUAAUAAGAGGAUUCAAUUGUUAAAAAGCUUUUAUUUCA